GUGCAGUCUGGUGUAGAUGGAGGUCGCAAGCUGCCCGUCACCUUCAGAGCUGACAACUGUUCAUUAAACUACCCGCUGGGGAAACAUGUGAUUCAUGAGGUCACCAACGUCUCCUUCAGCCAUCUGGCCUGUGACGAUCAGGCCGCCGUGGUCGUCCACUGGUCUGCACAUCCACUAGGAAUCGAACACAUUAAAGGCUUCAGAGUUUAUCUGGAGGACAAGAAUCCAGAAGGGAAACAGUGUCAACAUCUCAUCCUCAAAGACCCUCGUCAGCUCAACUUCUCCUACAGGAGCACGAAGCUGAGCAGUCAGCCAUUCAGUGGGUUGACCUUUGACACAGACUACAUGGUUCGUCUUGUUCCUUUCCCUUCUCUGAUGAAUGAAAGCUUCUUCCCUCCAUCCUUCCUCAGGACCAACUCGUGUGAAGUCCUCCUGGGAUCAGACAACCUGGUUUGCAAACCAUUCUGGAAGCCAAAGACCCUGAACGUGUCUCAGCUGGGGUCGAACCUCCACGUGGUGUUCGACCAGGCUCCGACCUCCUUCGGCUUUCACUUCUACUACCUGUACUACAAACUGCGACAGGACGGACCCUUCAAACUGCAGCGCUGCAAACCAGACGUGAACCAGCCCAGAACUACAUGUAUCCUCCAGGACGUCACUCCAGGGACCUACAUUAUAGAGUUGAGAGAUGACAGUAACUCCACCAGGAGGUAUACUCAGUACUACGUCAGUCAGGUACACUCCCCAUGGGCGGGGCCUAUCCGUGCCAUGGCCAUCACAGUGCCUCUGGUCAUCAUGUCUGCCUUCGCCACUCUCUUCACUGUCAUGUGUCGCAAGAAACAGCAAGAAAAUAUCUACAGCCAGCUGGAUGAGGAGAGCAGUGAGUCAUCCAAUCACAGUGCAGCUUUGAACACGGAGCGGCCGUGGCCACGCCCAAAAGUCUUCAUUUGUUACUCCAACAGAGACUGUCCCAAACACACCACUGUCAUUCAGAGCUUCGCUUACUUCCUGCAGGACUUCUGCAACUGUGAGGUGGUGUUGGACCUGUGGGAACACCUGGAAAUGUGCAGGGAGGGUCAGAUGUCGUGGCUCAGCAGACAGCUGGACGAAGCCAACUUCAUCAUCACUGUCUGUUCCAAAGGCCUACGCUACUAUGUGGAGAGGAAGAGCCACAGAGGGAAGACACCAGUCAGUCGCCGUAACAACAGCAGCAGCAGCAGCAGCAGCAGCUCUCCGAUUGGUGGAACAGGCGGUGACCUGUUCAUUGUGGGCGUCGCCAUGAUCGCUGAGAAGCUGCGUCUGGUGAGGCAGAGCGAGGGGGACGGGGCUCAGGAGCUGAACCGCUACAUGACUGUUUACUUCGACUACUCCACAGAAAACGACAUACCCACCAUGUUGAGUCUGGCUCCCAGGUUUAAGUUGAUGGACCAGCUGCCUCAGCUCUUCAGUCGGCUCCACUCCAGUCAGUCCAGUCUGGCUGAUCGUGAGACACAGCCUCACAAUGUCUCCAGGAGGAACUACUUCAGAAGUAAGUCCGGACGCUCGCUCUACGUUUCCAUCUGCAACAUGCACCAGUACAUCAGCCAGAACUGCGACUGGUUUGAGAAGCAGCUGGCUCCUUCAGGAAGUUCCUCAGCCUCCUCAUCGAAACAUCCUUCUGUCUCUGCGGACCCGGCACCAAGCCCUCCUCCAAAGUCUCAACCUGCGCGGAGGUUUGACUCUGGCGUGGUGCUGAAUGAGGUGGUGGUGAAAACGCCGCCGCUGGAGGGCGGAAAGGGACCGUCAAAGAGGAACAUGCUGCUGCUGGCCCCUGGCUCCAGUCCGAGCCCAAGCCACACUCCCAGUCCUGGUCCUUGUCCCAGUCCUGGUCUCUGUCCCAGUCCUGGUUUCUGUCCCAGUCCAGGCCUACCACAUUGCUCUUUGUCCACGCUUGGGCCCACUUCAAGGUCCACUUCUGGAAUAUCUGAACUGUUACCAGAAGAAUCUUCCUCCUCCUCCUCUGCUCCCUCCAUCCUCCAGGAUGGGGUGUGCCCUGUCCCCGCCCAGGCAGAAGAAGGCCAUCCUUCCCCUCCGGAGCUUCCGCCUCCUCGUGAUUCAGGCAUAUAUGAUUCGUCGGUCCCGUCCUCAGAGCUUUCCAUCCCCCUAAUGGAGGGGCUGUCACAUGACCAGGCGGACUCCUCCUCCCUGGCUGACAGCGAAUCCUCUUCUUCUGGGCUGGGUGACGAGGAGCCGCCUGCCGUCACGUUGCUCCGCUGCAGCGCUGCCACAGUUUGUAAAGCUGAACUGCACCAUUAUCAGCACCUAGAGCACAGUGACGGACUCGCCCCUGUGGCGUCCCUGUAGGGGAACACCUCCUGCCAAUCAGAAGAGGACUGUCAUCACAGAGCCAACAACUUAAUGGUCUUGGAUCUGAAGUGGAAUUAAUGAAAAGGCACUGCAGAGGUUCACCUGUGGAAAUUACUAGAACGCUGGUUACCAAUGAUUUAGAGAACCUUGGUAAGUGUGGGAACCACUGCGUCUAGAACACUACUAAUCCUGGUAACUAAUACGAACCGUUGGUCGCCCUGCCUGGAUGAUUUUUGAAGGACUAGAUCUCCAGACGGUGCAGACCAGUUCAAACCGAAGACUGCCUUGGCACUGUGUCUGGAUUGAUUGACAGCUGACAGCUGAGUUGAUGUUCUGUACCAAAACAUGAUGUGGAAGCAAACCGUUUGUUCAGGCACUUUUAAACACAGGAAGAUGCCACAAGCACGUCCAGAUGUUGAACAACAUCUAACAGGAUCUAAGUAGCUUCUGAAGUUCUGUUAUCCACGAUGAAAAGCUGUUUUUAUCAAAGGCUGACUUAAGGGCGACGAUAAAAAGGCACCAUUUCAAUUCAGAGGAUUUUUUUUGUUUUAUUCUCAACAAGACCAAGUAACCGGUAAAUACUUUGGGGAAAAACCACAAAGUCAAUGAAUGCUGUCUUUUCACAUGCAAGGGGAAUUCCCCAAAACAGUUAGCAAUGGAACAUUUUAUCCAAACUGAUUGGAUGUUUCAUCUCUGCAUACCUUAUUUUAAAAUGUUUUCAACAUAGAAAUGUCUUCUAAUUGUUUGUUGACAAUGGCUCAUCGUUGAAGCUGCCUUAAUCAUAAAUCAUUAAACUGUUAAAGAACCAUCAAAAAUGUACUAAAACCUGCUAAUGUGACAUAAUAUGUUGGAAGAGUUGUGUGAAUUAUGUUUAAAUUGAAAUUUUAGUUUUUUUGAAUUUUAUUUUUUUCCGCAUUUUAAUUCACAAUUUCAGAGUAUACAGUGCAUUUCACAUUCAUUUGGCUGGAGGCACCGCUCCUACACCAUAAUAAAUUGCAUACUGUGGGUACAUUGUUAAGCUUCUGAUUACAUAUUUUAAAGUACUGAAUAUUAACUCUACAUUUACAGUUAUGUAUUUUUUGUAAUGCUUUGUAAUCCUUUUCCGACAUUGUUGCAGGAAGCAGCGACGAUGAGGGCAUUAUGAAAAGUGACACUUUGUUUAAAGAUUAUGUAACCACUUAAACCCUUUCCUGCCAGAACUAGAGAUACGUACAUGAACUCCUGUUGAAUUUGUCAAAUGAAAUGAUGAAAUUAUGUCACGUUUUUGAUUUACUAAGGUAAAAUGAUGUUGUAAACGUGGUUGUCCCCCCAAAAGUAAGUCAAAACUCUUAAUUUAAAAUGAUCAGAAAGUAAAAAUUAAGACUGAUUUGGCUUAAAAAGGAAAAACUUUUAAUUAUCAUAAUUGUGACUUUUAUCCUUUUUUUCCCAAAUGGGCUUCCAUACACUCCUCAAUUAUUGAUCCCAUUCAUAUCUGACACAUAGAAAGAUGCCAUGACUGUCAGUUAGUGAUUUCUUUCACUAUGAGCUCUGUAUUUAAAGCUUUAUAAAGUCUUAUUUUCUGACUCAAAUGUUUGAGUUGCUGCUGAAGGCAGAGUGACGAUUUCUGAUUGAUCUGCAGGUUUGAGUUUGCUGGAAGGGAAGAUUCAGCAUUUCCUACUUGUCAAUAUAAAUAUUUGUUGUUCCUGGAAAUGACUGUUCUGCUUCAAUUUUGUAUAGAUAGAAUGUUUUACUAUAAUUUCUACAUUUUCUAGGAAUGUACUGUUUUAUAGUACUCUAAUGUAGGAAAUAGAUAAAUCCAUCUAAUAAAACAUGUCUCUUUUUA